CUGUUUGUAUUUUUUUUCUAACCUCAUUUUCAUUUAUGAAAAUUUUAAAUUAACGUUAAAAUGGACAGAAGUUUACAAAGUUCUUUUUCAAUAAAAAGUCCUUUCUCGCCAAGAUCUCGUCAAAAUAUUAGCUCAAAAAGGAUUAUACCGCCAUCAUUUCGAAAAUCGUCACGAUUGAGCGUAUCUGGAAAAUCUGCACAAUCGGUGCAAAUAGUUUUAAAAACACCGCAUAAUUAUGUGGAACGUUUUGGUCAACCUUUACCUGUACUUAUUACUGAAGCUUUAACAUUCGCAGACAGGAACACUGUGGUGUCUGCUCGUAUUUGUGAAUGUGGUUAUGCAUGGGUUGUAUGUGGAAGAAGACUAUUAAUAUGGCAAUAUCGCCAAUCUCCUUCAGCUCCUGGUACACCUCAGCGAAAACAUGGUGGUGUAAAUCAAUGUUUUGAAUUGCAAUUACCACAAAGUGACUUGGCUCACAGAGCAGAAUUGAUAUCUGUUUUUAUUGCAGCAGGCUCUAAUAGUCCUUCCUGUAUUGCCGUAUCUCCUGAAGGUGUUCUUCGUUAUUGGCCUGCAAUUGUUCAUGAAGGGGUAACUAUAGAACAGACUAUAGAUUUACAAGGUCAAGAAUGUGACAGUUUAACAGACGUUGAGGGCUUGGGAUGUAUCUUAGCAACAACAACGUGCACUACAGUCCUGGUUCAGCCACAAGUUAGUGGAGGAAGACAUAUCUUACAAUGCAAACAUCUGAAGACACCCAGUGGGUGGUUGGGUGGUAUCAGUAAACGUAUGUCUUCUUUAAUAUUUGGACCAAUUUCUAAUGAACAUUCAUCAGAGACAAGACUUAUAAGAGUGCUGAGUGUUCUAAAUAAGGAUGGAUCAUGGACAGUGUUUGUACUUGCUGGACAUUCACUUCAAAAGUGGAUUCUUUCCACCACAGAAACCGAACAGUUAGUAUGCGUAUCUGAAUUGAAUCGUCUUGUAAGAGACAGUUUUCACAAUGCUGUUUGGGACAACUGUGUAGGGGACCAAGCUGAAAUUGAUACGUGGUUAUUAGAUAUACAAUCCGAUAAGGAAAAUAUUAUUAUACUAGCUGCUGCUGUAAAUGUCCAAAUGUCUCCACAGGUGCAUUAUGCAUUGAUAUCAUUCAGCACAAAUGGUACAACUCAAAUACGGGACUUCCUAUUAUUAAAAAUGUCUGGAUUAUAUCGAGAAGAUAACCCCAGUGAUGCGUUGUCAUACAGAUUUUUGUUGUGUGGGAUAAAUGCAUACAUAUAUAACUUAAAAACCAUUACAGUAGUGAAACCGCAAGAAGAGCCUGAUGUUUUAGAAUUUAAUUUUCCACAAGACUUAUUGUUAGGGGGUUCAAUUUGCGUCAACACACCAAUUUUUUUCUCGAGGGUUAAUGGUCUUGUGACCGUUUCAAGUAGUGAUCAACUUGUUAGUGACUACAUGAAUCUAAGUAUGACAGCGCCAAAUACCCCAGUUGAAACUUCAUUCAGUGAGCCUGUCACUGGGAACAAUCUAUCUGUUUAUAAUAUGGAUCCUGAGGAGAUACUAACUGCGUAUAAAGAUACUGUGGGGCAGUUAAAAGCCGCUUUUAUAUUCCACAUCCGAAACCAGCAGGCCGCUUAUCAAGAUAUACUUACUGAAUUGUUUCCAACUGAAGGAUCUACAGUGCCGGGGAUAGACAGUAUUUUAGAUAAAGUUGUGGUGAUCAUGUGUAAAGAUCUUCUAGACGACAUACCAGCAGGUGAUCCACGAUGGAACAAGGAUGUACCCGCGGGAAUAGGUAGUUCCUAUUCCAUGCAAGUUCUACAUCAAUUGGAAGAUAAGCAGAAGGCUCUUUCCCUUUAUUUAAAGUUUUUGAAAGACUCUGGAUUGUGGGAUCGGCUCAUGGCAUCUACUAUUAGAGAUACACCCACUGCGACAGUACAAAUCUUGGGAGAGCUUUCGGAAAAAAUUACAGCAGCUAUCGUCUUGAAAAGCUUACCGAACAGUUUAAUAAUGGAGAAUGCUAUUGAAAAAGCUAUCCAACAUUUCGAUAUCACUCCCGGCAACGGUCUCACAAACCAAGACAUAUUUUAUAGAGAAGUCAGUAAAGUACACAAAGGAAUACAGGAACUGGUGAAUUGUUGUGAGGAUUCUGCGCAUUCCGACUUAAGUCCGACACAAGUUGCUCAAGUCGUUCAUGAUACGAAUGAAAUUGUGCUCACUGUUUUAAAUGAAGUUAUCCAAUACCGUAACCAAAAUGUUGAAAAGUAUACUCCUUCCGAUGCUGCGAAAUCGUUUAAUUUGGAUUAUUUGCCUUGGACAGCAGCGAAUGGGACAGAGGGUACAGCCGAUGCAUUAAUUUUACAACAUUCUAUAACAUUUAGUUAUGGACUGAAACUGAUUAACCAUGGCCAGUUAAGAAACUCCCUCCUGGAUCAUUUUGUUGCAUUGACAGACUUAAUAUUAGAUGGAAGAAAAUGCCAUUUGGAAAGUAUAAAGAACACUCCAAGGGAAAAUGUAUUGUAUAAACAGUACUGUUCCGAUAGGCAUAAACUCAUUAAACCACUAUUGACGGAGAAGGAAUGGGAAAAAGCGGCACAGUUAGCAGAAAAAUAUCUGGACUUUGAAACAUUAGUUAUCGUCUGCGAAUUAACAGAUAACCAACAGAGAUUAGACGAAUACAUGGAUCGUUUCAGUAACGAUGGCUUCACAGAAUACGUUUAUAACUGGUUCCUUAAAGAGAACAAACAGGGAAAGUUAAUAGAUCGAUACAGAAAAAUUGACAGAACAAAAAAUGUUCAGAAGUUCACAAACUUCUUGUCAGACCAUCCGUCUCUCUCUUGGAUGCAGCAGAUAUUUGAUCAGAAAUUUGCCUUGGCCGCGGAUACUUUACAAAAACUGGCCGAUGAAGAGGAAGAAUCCCUCACAAGACAGAAGACUAUGUACAGCUUAAGUAAAUUGGCGAAAUUGGCAGGUCCCAACACCCCCGACUUGGAAAUUUUCACUACAAAUAUUAAUUCAUGCUUGGAACUGACUGCUUUUCAAGGGGAUCUGCCCGACUACGUUUUACAGCAGUUUGGGUAUGACACUAUGAGACCGAGGGUCAUUCCUCCCAAGGAUCUGGUAAAUUUGUAUAUAUGCAGCGAAUAUACAGACGCUGGCGAGUUGGAAUUUAAAAAAGCCUUGGACAUCCUUCAGUUUAUAGAUAAUGAGGAAUUGAGAGAAGAGUUGCUUCUUAAGGUUUGGAGGUCGGCUAUUCUGAGGGACUCUUGGAAUUACAAGAAUUUGGACGCCCCUCUGGAGAUUUUACAAGGCACACUGUUCUUUAGAUUGGUGGAUCUUUCAAUCACUUUAGGUGCAAAUCCCCAAAAUCUUCUCCCACCUCUAGACACUUUGAUUGAAGAUCAGUCUAUGCAGCACCUGCAGGAUAACAAGAAUUUCCAAUUCCUAAUCAAAACUGGAUACGAUCAUGUCUUCCGGACACAAAUGUUAGAUUAAGACCAAAGUUUAUAUUUAUUUUUCAUUAUUAAAUAAAGUUACAACACUUUUUUGUAUGAAA